GUGAUUUUAUGGUGAGUUUUCAUUAUUAGGAGGGAAAAUUCUCAAAACUUUGGAGUUCAAAAAUACCGAAAAAUUUCUGAAGGUACCUAUCCAUAAUAUUACCAAGUUUCAUUACUAGUGUUGUGCUAGUGUUAUAUCGAAAACAUUCAAGAAACUUCCAGUGAGUGAUGGAAAACAGGCCCAAACGCAGAGGAAAACACCGAAUUUGUGUUGAAAAUGACAUCAUCAGGAGGCGUGAGAAAGAAUUCGAAUAUGAUCAAAUGUGGACUGGGGCGGCCAAAUAUUAUGAACACUGGGAUAGAGCUAAUGCUAGAUAUUAUUCUUGGACCUCCCCACGAUACUAUGAGGACAAUAACAAACAAAUGGAAGAGAUUAAGAUAAAACGUGAUAAAGAAGAGCUGCUAUUCAAGAGAAAGGAAAAAUUGAGGAAAUUAUUGGAGGAAGAACAGAGAUCCUAUGAAAUAGAAAUGAUGGUAUACAGAAAUAGACGUUCAAUUGAAAAACCUAGGUCUAAUAUGGCUGAUAUACCUACUGAUGUUUUAAAAAAAGUCAAUGUGGGAUUGAAGUUGGAUGAAGAAGAGAAAAGAAGGCGUGAAGCUGAAUCAAAGUUGUACAACCAGUGGAAGAGAAAUAACCCUAUUGUAAGACAGUAUGAAAUAAAAUAUGCCACCAAAGACCUGAAGCUGAGCUGGCUAGACCAGCAGAUAGAAAAAAGGAUGUUGCAAGAAAAAGAGGAGCAGGAGAAUAGGCGCAUUUUGAAAGAAAAUGAAGAAAGAUUGAGGAAACAGAAAGAAAAUGAAGAGCAGCUUUUGAAGCAAACACAGGAGAAGGAAAAACAGCUCAAAGACAUUUUGGAGCUACAAAUAUCAGAGUUGAGACUGAAACAGGAACUUUGUGAAGAACUAAGAAAAAAAGAAGAUGAAGACACUAGGUAUAAAAUAUUGGUAGAAGAGAUUGAAGAAAAGAGGAUAAUGGAAGAAAGACGCUGCAAGGAUAGAGAAUGUGCCUUGUACAAUAUAAGGCAGCAUAAACAGAAACUGAAAAAGAAAGUACAAGACAUACAAGAAAGUUUGGAGUAUGAAAGAGACCUCAUUGCUAAAUUGAAGCAACUUGAAGUGGAAAAUUUGAUUAGUGAAGAAUCUAAAAAACAUGAAAUCAAAGAAGGUAUAUCUGAAUUCUUGAAUAUAGUGAGGCAACAACAAGAGUUAGAAAGGCAAAGACAGAAACACUUGGAGUUUAUUUUUGACUCAGAAGCAAAAGCUGUUUAUGAGAAACAAACUGAGAUAUGGAGACGUGAAGAUACUGCAAGAAAAAACCUAGUUAAACAGGUUAUUGAUAUUGUCAGAAGACAAAUAGAUGAUAAUUUAGCAAAAAACAAGCAAAAACAGAUUGAGAUUUUAUCUGAACGUGAAGAGAUGACUAGAAAAAUUGAAGACUACAAUCAAGAAUUGAGGAUUUUGAAGGAGAAUGAGGAAAAAAGAAAGACUGAGAAUAAGAUUGUGAGGGAGGAGGAUAUCAGGGUGAAGAAUUGUAGGAAAAAGCUACAAGAAAAUUUGAAAUUGAAGGAAAUUGACACUGAACUUGAGAAUGUUCGAAAGGAAGAGGAAAGACUGCAAAAGGAAAUAAUGAGGAUACAACAAAGACAGAGACCUUGCAGACCAACUAGUAGUACUAGAAUAUUUUAUUGAAUGAAUUGAAUGCUUUAUUUAUACCUACUAAGAAAAAUUGAAUUUAUAUCUAUGUACAGUGUGGCACACUUAAGAUGAAGACACCCCUGUAUUUCAGUCAUUUUUGAAAGCAGAGAUUUGAUUUUUGUGACAGCCUUAAAAAACCCGGCCAACUGUAAUCCCGCGAAAACGGCAAAUUCUCUACAUUUUAUUUAUUUGAAAAAGUUGCUUAGGAUUCGAUUUUGACUCUACAUACCAAAUUUCAAUGCAAAAUUCGAAUUAUGAAUUUUGAGGGACAAGCUAGUGAAGUAGACUAAAUUUGAUCAACUUAUCAAUUUAUGAAUUAAUAAUUUUCAAUUUUAGUUAUUUCAAUACGUUUCCUUGAUUUUAAUUUAUUAUUUCUGUACUGGAGUAUGAAAAUUACAAGAAAAAAUAAAAUGAGAGCUUUUUCAAAUAACUUUUUGCCGUAUCGCCAAUGCCAAUCAAAAUAUCGAAAAUUUGCCAAUUUCACGGUAUGGGAGUAUUGUACUCAUUUGAAAUUGGCGCCAUUUUUUGCAAAUACUCAAUUUUUUUUGAGUUCUCAAUAGAUUUGAUAGGGUUCUAGAGUCACUGACAAAAAUGUUGAAUAGUUCCAGCAAAUCCUAUAUAGAUGUAAAUGGAAAAAAAUAAUUUUGGGCGCUAAUUUCACACAGCGCCUUUUUUUCGAGAAAAUGAGUUCUGGUAUUUUUCUUCGCUGUAUUAUAAAGAGUUCUGGAGUUCUGAACCUAUUUCAUCAACUAUAAGCAAAUUAUUGAAUAAUUCGAGGAAAUAAAAUACGUUUCGUAUUGAAGCAAAAAGCUUUC